AUGGCCACCUCCAGUACCGCCGUUCCCGAGAUUGUUCGAAUCUACGGUCUCCCCGUCCAAGAUGCUGUCAUUACGCAAGGUCGUGGUCGCGGCACGGCCAAGAAUAUGACGACGACAUGGGGCAUUCGUCCCAAGAUGCGCAUCGUCUUUGCUACUCCUCAAAAACCUCUGGCCAUUUGGUACCGAGGAACGGUGCAACCUUUGAAUGGCGUGGAAGCCUACUCUUAUCAAGAACUCAAAUAUGCGGGCAUAGCGCCAGAUUCCGCCUAUUGGCAAGAUCAAUAUGCAUUGGAGCAACCCAAAUGGCAUGCUCCUCGAUUGGACCACUGGCAAGACUUUUCCACGCUGCGGACUUUUUGGUCCACUGGAGGAAACGACAAUUUACAGAAAGCAGAAAACGGUGACAACAACAAAUACUCCUACUACGAGUUUGACUAUUAUCCCUGUUCGUUUUGGCUACAACAGGGAUACACACACUCCACAAUGAAACUGGAAAUUCAAAUGGCAACACCCGAACACGACGCAACAACAACCACCACAACGCACAACAGCAUGGGUCCGAGUCAGUUUCGAGAACCCUGCGACACUUUGUGGUCUACCGGAGUGGAAUGGAACUCUCGCGACGACUACCGCGAUGAAACAUCCACAAGAGCCAUCGGGAAACGUCUGCAAGACAUGACACAAAACGAGGGAUUAUCAUUGGAUGGACAUUCGCAAGAACUAGAACGGAGACUGAUCGACGGAGGCCAAAUGAAGCAGGAACAGUAA